AUGGCCCAUACAAAAUCCCCUGUUUUCCCCUGUUUCAUAAUCCUCUGCAUUGCCCUGUCGUGCUCCGGGCCGGUUUCGGCCCAGACGGGACCCGCCUACGCCUGUGACGUGGCGAGAAAUCCUGAGCUGAAGAACUUCAGCUUCUGCGACGCGUCGUUGGGCGUGAAGGCCCGGGUGAAGGAUCUCGUCGGCCGGCUGACUCUGCAAGAGAAAAUCGGGUGGCUCGUGAGUGGGGCCCGAGGGGUUAGCCGGCUCGGGAUCCCGAAUUACGAGUGGUGGUCGGAGGCGCUGCACGGUGUUUCGGACACCGGGGUGGGGGUCAAGUUCAGGGAGCCCGUGCCGGGAGCCACGAGCUUCCCGCAGGUCAUUCUCACGGCGGCUACGUUCAACGUGUCGCUUUUCGAAACCAUUGCAAAGGUUGUUUCGACCGAGGCACGAGCAAUGUACAAUGCUGGUCAAGCCGGUUUGACAUUUUGGUCCCCGAACGUGAACAUAUUCCGUGACCCCAGGUGGGGCCGGGGCCAAGAAACACCAGGUGAGGACCCUUUGCUCUCGAGCAGAUAUGGCGCGGCCUAUGUGAGAGGCUUGCAAGAAACAGACGAUAAUGACAAGGACAGACUCAAGGUUGCUGCUUGCUGUAAACACUACACAGCUUACGAUUUGGAUAAUUGGGCUGGAGUCCACAGGUUCACUUUCAAUGCCGUGGUAACAAAGCAGGAUUUGGAUGAUACAUAUCAGCCACCAUUCAAGAGCUGUGUGCUAGACGGGAAUGUGGCUAGCGUGAUGUGCUCGUAUAAUCAAGUCAAUGGCAAGCCGACAUGCGGCGAUCCCAAUCUACUGGCGGGUGUGAUUCGGGACGAAUGGAAUUUGAAUGGGUACAUUGUUUCGGAUUGCGACUCGUUGGAUGUGAUGUUCGGUCACCAACAUUUUACCAAGACCCCGGAGGAGACAGCUGCUUUGGCUGUGAACUCUGGGUUGGAUCUCAACUGUGGAUCUUUUCUAUUCAACAAUGCCCAAGCCGCAGUCGACCGAGGGCUCCUCAAAGAAAAAGACAUCAACCGGGCCAUCACGAACAAUUUCGCGACCAUGAUGAGGCUGGGAUUCUUUGACGGCGAUCCCACCAAACAGGCCUAUGGAAAUCUUGGACCCAAGGACGUGUGCACCUCGUCCAACCAGGAACUCGCGCGUGAGGCAGCCCGACAGGGGAUUGUACUUCUCAAGAACACGGAAGGCUCGUUGCCCUUAUCCCCCGCCACUAUCAAAUCCUUGGCCGUGAUCGGGCCAAAUGCCAACGCCACAGAACCCAUGAUUGGAAUCUAUGCUGGCAAGCCAUGCAAAUACACGACGCCAUUGCAGGGCCUGACGGCCUCAGUCCCCACUGUCUACCACCGAGGCUGCGCUGACGUGGCGUGUGCUGCCCCUGAGCACGAUGACGCCAGCAAAAUAGCAUCAGAGGCCGAUGCCGUGGUUCUGGUGAUGGGAACCGAUCAAUCGAUCGAGAAGGAGGAUUUGGACCGGUCGAGCAUAACCCUCCCCGGACGGCAGCAGCUUUUGGUGACCGAGGUUGCACGGGCUUCCUGUGGGCCUGUCAUCCUCGUCAUCAUGUCUGGUGGAGGCAUGGACGUCCAGUUCGCAAAAGACGAUCCGAAGAUCACCAGCAUUCUUUGGGUCGGGUUCCCGGGUCAGGCCGGUGGGGCCGCGCUUGCUGAUGUGGUGUUUGGAUAUCACAAUCCGAGUGGAAGGCUGCCGAUGACGUGGUACCCGCAGUCUUACGCGGAUAGUGUCAAAAUGUCGGACAUGAACAUGAGGCCCGACCCGGACAGGGGGUAUCCCGGGCGGACGUAUCGAUUCUACGCGGGCCCCACGGUGUUCUCAUUCGGGGAUGGGAUCGGGUACACGGAGUUCCGCCACGAAGUGGUGAAGGCCCCGACGCUCGUGUCCGCUUCGCUCGGAGAAAAGCACGUGUGCCGGACUUCGACGUGCAAGUCGUUUGACGCGAGUAAGGAUUGUAAGGAUGUGGGGUUCGAGGUUCAUCUCGGGGUGAAGAAUGUGGGGAGAGUGAGCGGGACGGAGACCGUGCUGCUGUUCUCGAGUCCACCGGACGUGCACGGGGCGCCACGGAAGCAUCUGGUGGGGUUCGAGAAGGUGCGGCUGGGCCCACAGGAGGCGGGUGUGGUGAGGUUUGGGGUGGAUGUGUGCAAACAUUUGAGUUUGGUGGAUGAAGAAGGGAAUAGGAGGGUGGCUUUGGGGGAGCAUGUUCUUCAUGUGGGAGAUUUGACACAUUCCUUGACUGUGAGGGUUUGA